CACAACAGGAUAAUGAGCGAGGUCAAUGUGUGCCAGUUUUUCCUGAUGGGCAAGUGUCAUUUUGGCCACAGAAUGUCGUUUGUCCUCACAGUGAGCCGUCUUUGGAUGACUCAGAGGCUGUAAUCUCCUGACAAAAAGGAUGAAGAGAACUGGAAAAACAUGGCAAGAAGAAGGCCCAAGGCAACAAUCAACAAAGCUUAAAGACAAUGAGGAACACGAGAUGAACAAAAAGCCUCGCAUGCGCACAGCAGAUGACGUUAUCUCAAGGAUCUUGUGGGACCCAUCUGUGGAUUCUUCAGAAUUUGUAGUGGGGUAUGUGGAUCGCUUCCUUGGCGUGCUAGAACGUCCCUUCUGUGAGUUCAACUGGGAAACCAACCCCUGUGACUGUGAUUAUUCCUCUGAGCUGGCCCUUCCCAGACACAGGAUCCAGUACUUCACCUACAGAGGGCAUCGUGUGUGGGACCGCCACAGCAGGACCGACAGGGUGUUUGGCUCCACUGGCCAAUCUCUGGCUCCCCCCUUUGGAGGGGAGGAGGAAGUAGAAGAAGACGGAGAGAAAACGGUGAGGAGGAAAUAUGGGAAAGAAAGCUGGGAAGGCAAGCAGGAUUCCUCAUCUUAUACCACAGCCCUGAACCUGAGCCAGAAUCCAUCAGCACCACUGGAGCAGAGAGAAGAAAAGCAUGGUGGUGUCUGCCAGCCUAAGCGCCGACCCACACACUUCAUCACCUUCAGAGGCACACUCCCUGCCAUCCUCUCCUGUUUCGAGCAGCUGCAGGAGGAGCUGAUCCUCCUGCCCUCCUCGGCCCCUCACUGGCAUAUCUCCAGCCUCCACAUCACUAUGUGCCUCCUCGUGCUGCCCGAGUCCUGCCCGGAGGUUGCCGCUGCGCUGAGAUCCUCCCGACGUUUUGCCCAACCUGGAGAAACCCCCCCAGUGGCCGUGACCUUUCCUGUAAAGCUGAAACAUUUUAAUGGGAAGGUACUGUUCCUGAGCCCCCAGCCUCAGCUUUCUCUGCAGCAGCUCAACAGUGGCCUACAGGAAGCCUACCGAAGGAGGGGCUCGGCUCCACAGGCACCUUACAACCCACGCUAUCACCUCACCCUGGCCAAGGUAGAGGACAAGGAUGGGGAGAGGAUUUUUGAAGGGGUGGGGGACAUAAAGGUGGGGAAGGGUUACUUUGGCCGUCUACCAGUGAACACUUUGCACCUUUGUGCCAUGGGAGGUUCCAAAGUCGACGGCUUUUUUGAAACCCUGUGCAGUGUAACUCAUCGAUGAUGAAGACUUUACCAAAGACAUGUGCCAAACACAUGACUGGGCACAAUUUGCACUGGCCAUGGUGCCUUUAUAAUUAAUAUCUUAAUUCUCUUAAAAUGUACUUUUAAAAUUAAACUGUCUGCAGAAUGCAAAGUACAAUACACUCCAUUAUAUUAAACUGUACAAGAUACAAACCAUACAUCAUAUUCUAAUUCUAAGUUUUAUGCUCUGUAUUUUAAUCAGUUCAUUUUAUGCUGAAAGUCACAGUUAUAUAUCAUAUUUUAUAUUUAAAGAUAAAAAACAAAUGCCACCUACACACAUACUGUAAAACUGUUAAGAACUGUUAGAAUAGAAUAGAAUAGAAUAGAAUAGAAUAGAAUAGAAUAGAAUAGAAUAGAAACGGCUCAUUAUGUACCUACCUCAGCAAAGAAUAUGAAGAAACAGCUAAUACUUAAAAGAGAAAAUUCUGCUUUUAUUAUAAUGCACCUACACACAAAGGAGGGACUUACGACAUUUUUAAUACAUAAUGCAAUUAGGUAAUUGAAAUUCAUGAAGUACAAUAUACAGUAUAGUACACAACUAUAGAUAAGGAUUUUUCAGCUCAGGUGCUGAAGAUGUAUCAUUUUACCGCACAGACUCAGGAGUAGAUCUAUGAUGUUACAGGUACUUGUAUGUACAAUACUUUCUGCAAGCUCAUGCAAUUGUAAAAAAGUACAAUUAUAUCAGUGCCUGGUUUCAUUAGGUCAGUCUGUGGACUGAAUAACUUUGUUUUUUUUUGUUCAAAGAAUGUGUAAAAGAAAAAAGAAAAAAACAAUGCUUUUUGUAGUAGGAGAUUCAGAUUCCAUCUACUGUUUUAACUACAACAGGGUAUACUCAUUAGCCAUAAAUGUUUAUAUAGGGGACAUAAUUGUUAAUGAGGAAAAAAUAAUCUUUUUAAACCUCCAAUUAACUGAAGUAGCUGUGUUCUGCAGUUCAUAAUACCACUGUUUAUAUGAUCUGUUUUAUAUGAAUAUUGUAUGUCUGACUAUCUUCCACAAGAGCGUCAUCUCUGUAUGCUUUUAUGAUGAAUUAUAACCACCAGAUUGUCACACACAUUAAAUAUUGAAUUGGUUAUUUUAAA